AUGGCGCCCUCGCUCGACGUCGCGGCGCGCGCCGCCUCGUCGCACACCGUCGACGGGCCCGCCGGACAGGUGGCCGCGCCCGAGAGUGUCGCGGGCGAGCAGGCCGCCGGCGCGCGCGACAUCGCUGCCGCUGACCUCGUCGUCACGCACGUCGAGCAGCGCAAGUCGCCGCCGCCUGCCUCGGCCCUCGUCUUUGGCCACACCUUCGCAGACCACAUGCUCGCCAUCGAGUGGACGAGCGCAGAGGGCUGGCAGGCGCCGCAGAUCAAGCCGUACGGGCCGCUGGUGCUCGACCCCAGCAGCGUCAUCUUCCACUAUGCGCCGUCGCUGUUCGAGGGCAUGAAGGCCUACAAGGACGUCGAGGGCAAGGUCCGCCUCUUCCGCCCCGACAUGAACAUGAAGCGCAUGAACACGAGCGCAGAGCGCAUUGCCCUGCCGACGUUCUCGGGCAAGGAGCUGAUCAAGCUGAUUGCCAAGCUCGUCGAGCUCGACGCCGCCUGGAUUCCCUCCGAGCCGGGCCACUCUCUCUACAUCCGGCCCGCACUCAUCGGCACACAGGCGGCGCUCGGCGUGCACCCCACCACUGAUGCCUUGCUCUUCGUCAUCUCCUCGCCCGUGGGCCCCUACUACAAGACGGGCUUCAAGCCCGUCGCCCUCGAGGCGGACCCGGCGCGCGUGCGCGCCUGGCCCGGAGGCACGGGCAACUUCAAGCUGGGCAGCAACUACGCGCCGGGCAUCCGCCCGCAGAUGGAGGCGGCCAAGCGCGGAUACCAGCAGAACCUCUGGCUCUUCGGCGACGAGCACUGGCUCACCGAGGUCGGCACGAUGAACCUCUUUGUGGUGCUGAAGAAGGGCGAGGGCAUCGAAAUCGUCACUCCCCCACUCGACGGCAUGAUUCUUCCCGGCGUCACGCGCGACUCCAUCCUCGCCCUCGCACGCGACCACGCCGCGGGCAGCAUCGCGCUCGAGGGCGUGCCGCAGCAGGUGACGGUGUCGGAGCGAGGCAUCAACAUGGGCGAGAUUCAGCAGGCCGAGAAGGACGGCUCGCUGUGCGAAAUCUUUGGCGCUGGUACCGCGGCUGUCGUCAGCCCUGUGGACCGCAUCGGAUACAUGGGCAAGGACAUCCACAUUCCCGUCGGCGAGGGCGGCGUGGGAGCGGUGGCAAAGGCCAUGCUGCAGCGCAUCCAGGACAUCCAGCUCGGGCGCGUCGAGCACCCGUGGAGCGUGCUGGUGGAGGACCUCGUCAAGUGAGGGGGGGACCCAACAGGCUUGCGGUACGGGGAAGGGAGAGGUGGGGCGCCACUAGAUAGAUGGAGUUGACGGGAUGAGGCACGCCUUGAAAAAGCAAGCUAGAUGUAACGCGCCUCGGCUUUCCCUGUCACACUUCUUCAUGCACUUCUUUCAUCAGCUGACGCCUGAUGCGACGGCCGUCUUCGCUGGCUCGCUGCUCAGCCCCCCGUCUGACGCGGUGCUACGCACGUGGCCGAGUGGAAGCGAGGUAUGCGAUUGGAUGAGCGUCUACGUGUCUAUGUGGGGGAUCUCUAUGGCACCGCUUCACGGACAUCUAGCGGCCCGAGGGUGAAGGGUGGGGCGAGGUGCCGAUCUCAUUUGAUGGUGAGCACGGGGCAAGGCGCAUGCUGCGUCAGAUGCGUCGAGGUGGCACCCACGCCUGC